ACAGCCUCUUCUACUCUCUGGGUUACUGUGUUCUUCGAAAGAAAGAAUGUCGAUCGGUGGUGGUGGACUUUGUUUUUUGAUUCGUGUCCCAACACAGGAAUACGAAAAAGAUAUUUAUGAUUCUCGAAGCAGGACCCUGCAAGUGCCGGCUCCGACUAACGGAUCCGUAAACGGAAGUGGUGUACCGAGUCUAAAGGAAAGUUUAGAUUCAUCAAAGUCUGAUGAGACGGAGGUGAAAACAAGAAUAUCAGAACCUCUCGAACAGAUAUUAAAAAAGUCUCUAGAAGAACUAAGGAUAUUUGACGCUCUUUGGGUUUUAGACAAAGACGAGAAAUUUCAUCAGGUGACCUUCACGUGCAGUCCUGGAUUGCCAUGCGAUCUCAUACUGACGUCACUAGCUACUAAUGGAAUAGGGAUGUGUAAAGGGUCGUCUCUAGUUGUUCUACCUUGUACCGUUUGGCUGCAAGACGAUGGGGAUAAUUCUACUCAAGGAUCUCGUGAUAACGAGACCAAAUUAAGUUUUAUUAGCGAAGAAGAAAAGAAAAGCGACAGUGAUGUGUCUACACUUUCGAAGACAAAAUCGGAAGUGAAAAAAGCUUUUCGGAAUUUUAGGGACAUGCAGAAAAAGUUCCUUAAGACAGUAACUGCCAGACUUACCGUGGCACAGGUUGUCGACGGAGUGCGAGCGGGUGCUGAACCAACAUUUGACUUCAUUAUGUUUGUUUUAAUUGCCAGUAUGAUUGCUGCUCUGGGUCUGCUGGAGAACAGUUCUGUCAUUAUUGUAGCCUCCAUGCUCAUCUCACCCAUCAUGGGUCCUAUUCUGGCCGGAACGUUCGGAGCUGUUAUUCGGGACAGGAAAUUGCGAAACCUCGGUAUUAAGACAGAGAUAUUGGGUUUAUUUCUUUGCGUCUUCAUAGGCUAUAUAUUUGGUCUCACCAGCGAAGGUAUCAACAGUGUCUGGGGAAGAAGGGAAUGGCCUAAUUCUGAGAUGAUUAGCAGGGGUGUAGAAAGAAGUUUAUGGAUAGGCAUAUUUAUUGCACUUCCUUCGGGUGCUGGUGUAGCGUUAUCUGUGCUAGCCGGAAAUGCAGGAUCUCUGGUGGGAGUAGCCAUCUCUGCUUCGCUGUUGCCACCUGCUGUGAACGCUGGUUUAUUGUGGGGAAUGGCAACCAUUAAAACACUUCGUGCUCAAGAAGAACAGUAUCAGUUUGUACGCGUUGAAGGAGUAACUCACCUGCUGAAACCUUCUCUUGUACCUCCUGAAGCGUAUGAAGUCAACUACUUUACAGAAAUGGAUAGGGAGUGCGUUAUCUUAGGUUUAGUUUCUCUAGCUCUGGCACUAGUCAACAUCGUCUGCAUAUUCUUAUCAGCAGUUGUCGUACUUAAGAUCAAAGAAGUCGCUCCGAGACUAAGCAUGUCAAAAACAUCUCGGUUUUGGAAAGAAGAUAUUAAAAUUGCUCGGGACUACAAUACUUCCAUGCCUGUAUCGGAAGCAGACGAGCUGGGAAAACAGUUCCUUGCGGAAUGGGCUACUUUAAAUGGCUUGGAACCCAAUGCCCUUCUUAGCGACGACGCCGAAGCUGCUUUGACCAGAAUGGAAACGCUGAAAGAUAUUAUGCAGGAUGUCGAAACUGACGAAGUCUUUCAAACUGUCGCCCGUUCUGUGAGUAGCGUCGCCGAUCCAAGGCCACUCAGCCAGCGUUUUAGUAUAUUGCCAGUCACUCCCCCCGCUUCCACUACGUCUCCUACAAGUCAACGGAAAAGUGGAUUGAGGAGUUGGUUAAGAUCUUCUUUGCAACCAACAGAGAAUGGUACUUCCCAUCAACAGCUGGAUCCAGUGCUUAAAGAUGUUGAACUUAGACGUCCACAUCCACAGUCAUCAGUCGGAGUCGGCUCUUGCAUGCCAUCUGGUUCCAGGAGUAGUGUUGCCCUCUUAAGGCAAUCUUUGAUAAACGCUGACAACCCUUAUACACUCUGGCCUUCGGCAAGCACAGAAACCAGCAAUAAGGUACGAUUCUUGGUUACGCCAGUACCAGAAGAAGCUCCUCUUGGCGUUCCGACAUCACCGGUCCGACGUAGAGUAAGCCGGUUCCUACAAGAUCCUUGUGUUAUUCUCAAGGAGACUACUUGCUGACUAACUGCGCUUAAGGCUGGUUCUUAAU